AUGUCGUGUCAAAAUCUAGUGUGGAUUGAUUUAGAAAUGACUGGCUUGGACGUUGACAAGGACAGAAUAUUAGAGAUAGCAUGUAUCAUUACAGAUAGUAAACUUAAUAUUGUUGCUAAAGGACCGAAUUUAAUUAUCAAAGAGCCUGAUAGUGUACUUGAGAAUAUGGAUGACUGGUGCAUGCUGCAUCAUGCUAAAUCAGGAUUGAUAAACGCUGUAAAAUUAUCGAAAAUCAAUUUACAACAAGCGGAAACAGAAGUACUAGAUUUUGUUAAACAACAUUGUCCAGAAAAACAAUGUCCAAUGGCAGGAAAUAGUAUUUAUAUGGAUCGUGCUUUUUUAAGAAAAUACAUGCCAUUGCUGGAUGCAUAUAUGCACUAUCGCGUAGUUGAUGUAAGCACUAUAAAGGAGCUAUGUAAACGUUGGAAUAUAAAAAUCUACAAUUCUGCUCCACCAAAACGGUUCGCUCAUAGAGGGUUAGAGGAUAUCGAAGAUAGCAUUAACGAAAUGAAAUAUUAUAAAGAUACAUUUUUCACAGAAACCCAAUAG